AUGGUCUUCCAAACGCUUUUAAGCAACAAGAAGCUGUUGGCGGCGUGUGCGAUUGCGGUAGUGAUAACCAUUUGUGCGAUCGUCGUACCGAUCGCCGUCGUUAACUCGUACGACGAUGCUCCGACGAAACGUUUUUCCGGACGGGAUGUACUCAACCAGGUUCCAUUAAUCGAUGGUCAUAAUGAUCUACCGUUCAGCAUCUAUCAAGUGGAGCGCAAUUUGAUUAAAAACUUCAAUCUAGACUCCAAUCUUAAGCAGCAUCCGGUAUGGUCGAGUGUUAACACAAGCCAUACGGAUCUACCGCGAAUACGCGAGGGCAAGCUUGGAGCACAAUUUUGGGUGGCGUAUGUCCGCUGUGCCGACACACAGUAUAAGGAUGCAGUAGCGCGUACCCUCGAACAGAUCGACGUGACGAAACGGAUUAUACGGAAAUAUCCGAAUGAUUUGAAGUACGUACAUUCCGCUGACGGCAUCAUGGAUGCGUUCCGCGAAAAGAAGUUAGCUUCACUGAUCGCCGUUGAAGGUGGUCAUUCGAUCGAUUCCCGUCUGGCGAUAUUAAGGCUGUACUAUGAGCUGGGGGUUCGCUAUAUGACCCUAACGCACUCGUGCAAUACACCCUGGGCUGAUGCGUCACCCGUGGAUGAUGAGCAACCGGAGCCUUCGGUGCAGCUGAAUAAUCUGUCCACCUGGGGACGUAACGUCGUGUGGGAGAUGAACCGACUGGGCAUGAUGAUUGAUAUAUCGCACGUUAGCUAUGGUGUGAUGCGGGAUGUGUUGAGGUACACCCAGGCACCGGUAAUCUUUAGCCACUCGUCGGCUCACUCCGUCUACGAGCAUCAUCGCAACGUGCAGGAUGACAUCUUACGCCAGUUGGAGACCAAACAUGGCAUUGUAAUGGUCAAUUUCUACCCCCUGUUUGUUGGAGGCAACACCAUCGAUGAUGUUAUCAAACAUCUGAACCACAUCCGAUCCAUUACCGGUGUUGACCAUAUUGGGCUCGGAGGUGACUACAACGGUGUUCCUACUACUCCCGAAGGCCUAGAAGACGUCUCUAAAUAUCCAGAUCUAUUCGACAUGCUUGCCGAAGGAAGGUUGCGAUCAGGCGAAACGUUUGAACCGUGGACUGAGGAUGAUCUGAAGAAAUUGGCUGGACUUAAUCUGCUACGCGUUUUCCGUGAAGUCGAGCAGGUUCGCGACAGUCUUGUUGACGAAGAACCGUUCGAGGAUCUUAUACCGUACGAGGAAUACGAACGAGCCGGCGUGGCCGUUCAGCCGUGCAUGACAGACAUUGACAUUCAUAAAAACUGA